CAUCCCAGUACUAACCAAGUGUCUAUCACCUAAAUUCCUGACUGGAGAGUGGAGGGAUUUUGUCUUCAGGGAGGAUGAUGUCCUGAUACUGGCUUUCCCCAAGUCAGAACACUGAUCAGUUCUGGAUUGUGGUGGUGUAAGGAAUUGAACCUGGGACACUGGAGUCUCAGGCAUAAGAAUCUCUUUGCAUGACAACUAUGCUAUCUACCACUGAAACAUUGGGAAUCUUAUCACAAAAUAGUCAACUGUCCCAUUUUGCCAUUUAAAUAUCUGUAAUUUUUACUAGUCAUUGGAACCAACUGAAUAGAAAGUGGACUCACUGGAUGAUGGAAAUCCUCUCCCUGAUCCGCACCAAGGGAGAUCCCAAGUGGAUCCAAUCUGUGCCCAUUUGGGACCGUUCACCCUGGUUAGAAGCCAAGAACUUGUAUGAAGCCUUAGAGGCACAGGAAGGUCCACGUCUCAUCAGCUCCCACCUCCCAAUCCAGCUCCUCCCCAAGUCUCUCUUCACUUCCAAAACCAAGAUUAUUCAUCUCAUCAGAGAUCCCAGAGAUGUCCUGGUGUCUGGUUAUUUUUUCUCAAAAAUAUUUUCUUAUACAGAGCCAUCAGCUUCACUGCAAGUACAUUUUGAGAGGUUCCUGCAAGGAAAUGUCAGCUAUGGAUCCUGGUUUGAGCACACACGGGGCUGGAUGACCAUGAGAGGGAAGGAGAAUUACCUGAUGCUGAGUUAUGAAGAGCUGAGGAGGGACACAAGGAGCACCAUAGAGAAGAUCUGCCAGUUCCUGGGCAAAACCUUAGAGCCAGAAGAGUUGAACUCAGUCCUCAAACACAGCUCCUUCCAGGCUAUGAGAGAAAACAAGAUGUCUAACUACACACUUGCUGAUGGUGUUUUUGUGAAUUUGAAGAAUGGGUCAUUUCUGAGAAAAGGCAUUUCCGGGGACUGGAGAAACCACUUGACGGUGGCCCAGGCAGAGGCCUUUGACAGAGCAUUCCAGGAGAAGAUGGCGGGUCUCCCUCCAGAGCUGUUUCCCUGGGAGUGACGUCUGAACCAAGUCUCUAGAUUCCUUGUGACUGUUGCUCACUGUUCUCUCAUCUGUCUAUGUGUCGGGUCGGUGAAUAAAAUUACUUAUUUCAGGUGGGAGCAUGGACUUCUCAAAUCCAAGAACCUACAAUGGCUUUGAGAAUUACUAUAAUGACUAUAAAUGGAUUUCGAAUUCAUUUUUCUUUUUUCCUUCCAAUUUCUUUUUCCUUCUUUUCUUCCUUCCUUUGAGAGAGAAUCUCCAAAAAUUAAGCCCCCGAAUACACUUAUAGUCUGUGUUUAUAAUAUGAUUAUAGUGUGUUUGUAAGAAUGCCCCAGAGGGGGAUUGGAGGGGGGAGAGACAGCAUAAUGGUUAUGCAAACAGACUCUCAUGCCUGAGGCUCUAAAGUCCUAGGCUCAAUCCCCCACACCAUCAUCAGCCAAAGCUGAACAGUACUCUGGUUAAAAUAAAAAAAGCCCCAGAAGUUGCUUAUUAGAAAGCUGGGUGUUAAAUAUAAUUACUAGAAAGCCCUAUUACUCUGACCACAUCAGUCUAGAGUAAUUCCAAGAAUAUCUCUGUCCCCAAGGCCACGGGGGAAGAAGGCCCCUAGCAGGAAGGCCAGAGCUGGGUGGGGCCAACAUAGAGCUAAAAGGGGGAGAAACGGUUGGGGGAGAGGGGGGUGGGCGGUAGCACAGCUGGUUAAGCACACGUGGCUAAGCACACCUGGCAUAAAGCGUAAGGACCUGCGGGAGCCCCGGGUUUCCCCACCUGCACAGGAUUCACUUCACAGACGGUGAAGCAGGUCUGCAGGUGUCUGUCUUUCUCUCCCCCUCUCUGUCUUCCCCUUCUCUCUCCAUUUCUCUCUGUCCUAUCCAACAACAACGACAUCAAUGACAAUGAUAAUAAUAAACACAACAAUGGUAAAAACGACCAGGGUAACAAAAGGGAAAAAUAAAAAUAAAAAAAGGGGGGAGAGCCCUGCCCCACUAGGAAAAGAGAGAGACAGGCUAGGAGUAUGACUCGACCUGCCAACACCCAUGUUCAGUGGGGAAGCAAUUAUAGAAGCCAGACCUUGCCCCUUCUGCACCCUAUAAUGACCCUGGGUCCAUACUCCCAGAGGGAUAAAGAAUAGGAAAGCUAUCAGGGGAGGGGAUGGGUUAUGGAGUUCUGGUGGUGGGAACUGUGUGGAAAUGUACCCCUCUUAUCCUAUAGUCUUGUCAAUAUUUCCAUUGAGUAAAUAAAAAUUUAAAAAAAGAACUAAGGGGACACACAUAUUAUUAAGUCACAUAUAUUAUUAAGUCACAGUGGUACAUAAUAGAAAAACUGAAUGUGCAGAAGGUUUGACUAAGUGCAGGAGUUUGAGAUUGUGCAAGUGGUCAUGCAGAAGGUCAAGUAAGUAAAAUCAAAGAAUGGAGACUGAGUAAGCAGUAGAUAAAUAGAGCACAAGGCCAGAAAAAUGAAAUGCCUUAUAUGAAAAAUAGAAUGUACUAUCUGCAUCAAUAGUGGCAAAGGCUAACUGCCAUAUUUUGCUUUUGUAUUUCUUUCCUGCUUGCUUGCAAAAGCUGCUUGCCACAUCUGCUGCUAUAACUUGAGCCUGCUUCCUCAGUGCUAGAGAGUAUAAAAACUGAAACUGCGCCUUUGUUCAGGGCCAUGAGUUUUCAGAGUGAUCUGAAUUCUCGGUCCAUGCAGAUAAACUCCUUUCUCCUUCA